UGGAGAGGGCCAUUCCCAAAACUAUAAACUGGUCGGCAUUAUAUGCAAUCAAACAAGGUCCUUCCGAGUCACCAUCCGAAUUCUUGGAUCGACUAAGGGACGUAAUGCGCCGCAACACACCGCUGGAUCCUGGGUCAGAGGUAGGAACGCAACAACUAGUUUCUUUGUUUUUGGGCCAGUCUACAGGAGAUAUUAGGCGCAAACUCCAAAAGCUGCGUCCCACAGAAGGAAGGAACCUGGAAGUAUUGCUGGAUGAAGCGUGGAGGGUGUUCAGUAAUAGAGAGGAAGAUUACAAACGGGGACAAAGAAGGGUGGUGGCGGUCGUCAGGGAGGAGGAGGAAAGAAAACCCAGACGAGGACCGCCUCGAUUAGGCAGAGAUCAAUGUGCGUUAUGCAAAAGAUUUGGACACUGGAAAGAUGAUUGUCCGGAAAAGCGGAAAAAUAAGGAGAAGGGGCGGAAUAGUCAGAAAGAAAGAAUAAUGGCUCAUUUGAGGGAAGACUGACGGGGACCUGGGGAAUCCACCCUAGCGGAUCCACUGGUUAUAAUGAAGCUAGGGAAAAAGCAGAAGAAGGUAGAAUUUCUGGUGGACACAGGGGCGACGUAUUCGGUCUUGAACCAAGCUUUGAGGCCCCUGGGAAAUGACUAUAUCAUGGUGAAAGGGGCAACUGGCCAAAGUGAAAAGGUAUAUUUUUGUGAACCUCUGAGAUAUAAAUUGGGAAAACAAUGGGGCAUCCACAGAUUUCUGUACAUGCCCAACUCCCCGAGAGCACUGUUGGGGAGAGAUUUAUUGGAACAAUUAGGUGCGAUAAUUAAAUUUGAAAAGGGAGAGAUUACUCUGGAGGUGAAUGACCAACAGUAUAUCCAAAUAAUGAGCUUAUCCCUAACUAAUGUUCCUAUAGAGGGAAAAAUCAGCGAAGAAAUUGCGAACCAGGUAUACCCCGGGGUUUGGGCCACUGAUGUGCCCGGAAAAGCAAAAAAUGCUACACCUGUGGAGGUCAAACUCAAAGAAGGACGACAGCCAGUAAGAAUCAAGCAGUACCCCCUGAGGAAGGAAGACAGGGAGGGAAUUCGACCAGUAAUAGAAAAAUUUUUACAACUAGGAUUAUUAAGGGAAUGUGAAUCCGAUUUUAACACUCCCAUAUUACCUGUCCGUAAACCCAAUGGGUCGUACCGGGUGGUUCAGGACCUACGGGCUAUAAAUAAAAUAACUGAAGACCUCUACCCGGUAGUGGCAAAUCCAUAUACCUUGCUGACUGUAUUGACACCUGAACUAACCUGGUUUACUGUUUUAGACCUGAAGGAUGCCUUCUUUUGCCUCCCUCUCCAUAAAUCCAGCCAGAAAAUAUUUGCAUUUGAAUGGGAAAAUCCUAAAAGAGGGCGUAAAACUCAGCUUACUUGGACGGUGUUACCACAGGGGUUCAAAAACAGUCCUACUAUAUUUGGUAACCAACUCGCAAAAGAUCUUGAGUCCUGGGAAGCCCCGCCUGAGGAAGGGAAACUGUUACAAUAUGUGGACGAUAUCCUGAUUGCAACCAAAACAGAGGACGCUUGUAUGACCUGGACGGUUAGUCUGCUAAAUUUUUUAGGGCUCCAGGGAUAUCGGGUAUCCAAGAAGAAGGCCCAAGUGAUGCAGCGUAAGGUGAUUUAUCUGGGCUAUGAAAUCAGUGCUGGACAAAGAACUUUGGGACAGACCCGGAAAGAGACAAUAUGUCAAACUCCGAGACCACAAACAGUGAAAGAGUUACGAACCUUCCUGGGGAUGACUGGGUGGUGCCGACUAUGGAUCUAUAACUAUGGACUGCUUGUUAAACCUCUGUAUGCACUGACAACCACUGAACAAAAACACCUUAAAUGGAAUAAAGAGACCAUACAGGCCUUCAAGUUGCUAAAAAAGGCCCUCAUGUCGGCCCCAGCCUUGGGACUCCCAGAUGUGAGUAAACCGUUUUUCCUUUUUUCCCAUGAGAAGCAGGGGAUUGCCCUAGGAAUACUAGCACAAGAUCUGGGCCCGUAUCGACGAGCAGUUGCCUACUUUUCUAAACAAUUGGAUGCAACUGCAAAAGGUUGGCCUGGAUGCCUGCGAGCAGUCGCGGCUGUAGUACUAAACAUCCAGGAAGCCCGAAAAUUCACCCUGGGCCAGAAAAUGACUGUGUUGGUGUCCCAUACAGUAUCUGUAGUACUGGAAGCGAAAGGUGGACACUGGCUUUCCCCACAAAGAUUCUUGAAAUACCAGGCUAUAAUGGUAGAACAGGAUGAUGUGGAGAUCAUAGUCACUAACAUUGUCAAUCCAGCCUCUUUCCUCAGUGGAAACACAGGGGAACCAGUGCAUCAUGACUGCCUGGAGACCAUCGAAACAACAUAUUCCAGCCGUUCAGACCUGAGAGACAGUCCUAUGGAGAACACGGAAAACUGGUUCACGGAUGGAAGCAGCUACGUCCUAAGUGGUAAAAGACAUGCCGGAUAUGCCAUUACCACCAGUCAAGAAAUCAUAGAGUCAGGGCCUUUACCCAUGAGUACCUCUGCACAGAAGGCGGAAAUAAUUGCUCUGACCCGUGCCUUGGAAUUGGCCCAAGGCAAAGCUGUAAAUAUCUAUACAGACUCAAAAUAUGCCUUUGGAGUCGUACAUGCGCAUGGAGCAAUCUGGAAGGAGAGGGGAUUAUUGAACUCACAGGGCAAAAAUAUCAAGCACGCAGAAGAGAUCAUGAAACUGUUGGAGGCAGUCCAACUCCCUGAGAAAGUGGCGAUCAUGCACAUUAAGGCACAUCAGAAAGUGAACUCAGAAUUGGAAAGAGGAAAUGAGCUGGCGGACAGAGAGGCAAAACAAGCAGCUAAAGGUUGGCCAGAGGCAUUUCCUACCAGGACGGCCAAGGCUCGGGAGUCUCUUACAGAAAAGACCCUGGAACCACAAUGGGAAGGACCGUUCCAGGUACUCCUCACAUCCUUCACAGCAAUAAAGAUUAAGGAACAGAAUGCCUGGAUUCACCACUCCCGUGUGAAGAAGGCACCUAAAUCUCCAUGGAGAGUCACGCAAGUACAGCAAGGAAAGCUUACCUUGUCACGACGCUGAUUGUAAGCCUAAUAGGGGAACUUGAGGCAUGGGAGAAUAAUGCCUUUUUGCAGCUACAUGACAAAAUUGCUAAUGCCAUGAACUGGUCUGAUUGCUGGA